GUUACGUUACUUCCGAGAGUCGCGUUGGCGUUUUCUAAACACAGACAGACAUUUCGAUGAAGACAGUCCAGGUCAGAAGAUGUGGCGACUGUAACUGAAUCUGGAUCCAGACACACGGAUUGGACAUGCCCAGGUUGUUCUACCAUGGACACAGACAUGAUACCAACAUUCACUUCAAAAGACCAGGAGAUUGACUACUGGAAGGCCUCAUCCCUCAAGUAUAAGAACAGUUACCAUGAGGCCCAGGAGGAGCUGCUGGAGUUCCAGGAAGGGAGCAGAGAGCUGGAGGCAGAGUUAGAGGCCCAGCUAGGACAGGCUGAACACCGUCUCAGAGACCUGCACACAGAGAACCAAAGACUGAAGAGCGAGUUGGACAACCUCAAGGAGAAGUUGGAGCAGCAGUAUUCCCAGAGCUAUAAGCAGGUCUCCAUGUUAGAGGAUGACCUGGGACAGACCAGAGGAAUCAAGGAACAGCUGCAUAAAUAUGUCAGAGAACUGGAGCAGGUCAACGAUGACCUGGAGAGAGCCAAGAGGACGACCAUCGUAUCUCUGGAGGACUUUGAGGGUCGUCUGAACCAGGCUAUAGAGAGGAAUGCCUUCCUGGAGAGUGAGCUGGAUGAGAAGGAGUCUCUACUGGUCUCAGUACAGCGACUAAAGGAUGAAGCCAGAGACCUGAGACAGGAGAUGGUGGUGAGGGAGAGGACUGCAGACAGGAUGUCAGCCCCCAGCUCUCCUACCCUGGACAUGGACAAGCUGGACUCUGCUGUCCAGGCCUCCCUGUCCCUGCCUGUCACCCCUGUAGGGAAGGGCAUGGACCACCCGUUCAUCAACCCUAAAUCAUCAGUGUUAACAAAUGGCUGUGCGCCUGGCGGCUCACCUCUGACCCCAUCAGCAAGAAUCUCUGCUCUUAAUAUCGUUGGGGACCUUCUUAGAAAAGUGGGGGCGCUGGAGUCCAAGCUAGCUGCAUGUAGGAACUUUGCCAAGGACCAGGCGGUGAGGAAAACCUACUCCACGUCGUCCAGCAACAUGAUCACUGGGAACGGAAACCUCAUCAACAGCAACGCCACCAAGUUCUCUCACUCACUACACACCACCUACUACGACAAAACGGCUGUGAAUGGACUGGACCCCAGCACCCUGAGUGCCCUGACGGCACCCCGGACUGUCUCCCCUCCUGGCAUGCUGCCUCUCACCGUUUAGCAUGGCCCCCACCUCUGUACAAGCUCCCCGCAGAACAAGGUUACCCUCAUCCUUCACCCCAAACCCCCCCCCACACCAAAUCUCUGUACAACUCCUGUACGCCCCGCAGAACACUGAGAGGAGAGAACACUUGAAGAACCGUUACUGUGUGUGUGUGUGUGUGUGUGUGUAGGAGAGACACUUGACUGAAUGAUUGAAAAGGCCUCACUCACCUAUGAGUGGGUGGGGUAGGAUGCUGGGUGUGUUUGUGUGUAUUUAACAUACAGGCACAUGCCUCUGCCUGAGCUGUUCUUUGCUCAUGUGGAUGAUGUGUUGAUGACCUCUGUGCUCUGGAGUGUCUCCAUUUUGGCUCCAUCAGUUUAUCAGUUUCACUCUAUAACAGCUAUAUAACAGCAACUGUACCUGACAAAGGUCCCCAACGGACUGCAGCUUCCUUCCUCGUAACCUUUUAUUUACUUCUCUGAAUGAAUUGCACAAUUACAAAUAAUUUAUAUUUACAGUGUUGUAUUUAAAAAAAAUGAAAGGGGACUUUUUGCAAAGUGAGAUGAUUUGAUCAUUACUGUAUGUAUGCUUUAAGAUGCAAUAUUUCCUGUUUGUUUGUGUGUUAUGUUAUGGGGUCAGAUGGAGUUGAUGACCCUUAACCUCCAUGUACCGAAGAAUGACUGAAUGAAUGUUUACUGUGUUCAGGCUGUGAUCAGAACCAUGUUCACUUAUUGGGCUGCAUCUCAAUAGUCCAGUUAAUAGCCUCAUCUCCUUCCUCUCAAUAGUCCAGUUAAUAGCCUCAUCUCCUUCCUCUCAAUAGUCCAGUUAAUAGCCUCAUCUCCUCAUCUCCUUCCUCUCAAUAGCCCAGUUAAUAGCCUCAUCUCCUCAUCUCCUUCCUCUCAAUAGCCCAGUUAAUAGCCUCAUCUCCUCAUCUCCUUCCUCUCAAUAGUCCAGUUAAUAGCCUCAUCUCCUCGUCUCCUUCCUCUCAAUAGUCCAGUUAAUAGCCUCAUCUCCUCAUCUCCUUCCUCUCAAUAGUCCAGUUAAUAGCCUCAUCUCCUCAUCUCCUUCCUCUCAAUAGUCCAGUUAAUAGCCUCAUCUCCU